GACCUAACCAGUACAUUCUUGUUACAUACCCAGUAAGUACCCAGUAAGUACCCAGUAAGUACCCAAUAAGUACCUGACCCAACCAGUACCCAGCAGGGACCCUGCAGCAUGUCCUCAGAGCUCCUCCAGCUGAUGGUUCUGCUCUGUGGUUCUGUUCAGUCCAGCGGAGCGGUCCGAAGCCCUGCGGUGUUCGGUGCCAUCACCUCCUACAUCAGAGAGGUCCUGGACGUGUUCGGGAUCGACCUGCUCCUCAGUCAGGAGGCCCAGGAGGUGUCCAGCGGUUCUGGAGGUCUGCAGUCUGUCGUGGAACAGCUGACCCAUUUCAGGAGCGAGGUCAGAUCGUUUGCUCUGAGCCGUCAGGGUGGUCCUGGCUGUGAGAAACCAGGACUUGACCCGGACCGGGCCCCCCUGCUCAGAGCCUGCGAUGCCCUCAGAGACGACCUGGCUCCUCUGGGAGUUCUGAUAAAGGACAGAGGAGCCUCGUCGACCUGGGAGAUCAGACCGGCUCAGACCAAACACAAGGUCCCCCAUGAAGACCAGGACCCAGCUGAGUCCACCUGAACCGUUCUGAUCCACUGAUUUAUAAACUGAACAUCACUGUGCUUCAGCAGAACCAUCUCUGCAGGAAGUGCUACAGCCAGCUGCUGCUGCUUUCAGCUUCAAAACACACAGAUGUAAUUUUAGUUUAAUAAAGAGUCAAACUGUUGUUUUUGUUCAU